GCAAGGUGACAUGGCGGGCUCUCAAUGGGCAUGUGUCAACUCAUGCCCCCAACCCAAGCCCCACCAUACCCCAUGGACGUGGGUUUUUUUUCCCAUUCCACGUGUCAACCAAUGCCCAACCCAAAUCCCACCAUACCCCACGUAACAUUCAAGACCACUUUUGCUGCAAAUUGGCCCAAAAAUCCAAAAUCAUCAGUUGGAAGCUCCUGAUUUCUCACCGAAUUCCUGUUUGGAGAAGGACACACAUGAUCAUGACACACUACAAACUGCCACUUGUGUGGAUCAAAUUACAAAAGACAGGCUUGAAUGUUGAAGUAGAUAGAAUAUUGGAGAUUGCUUGUGUCAUUACUGAUGGGAAAUUGCGGAAAUUGGUAGAGGGUCCUGAUUUGGUGAUUCAUCAAACAAAAGAUUUUCUUGAUACAAUUGGAGAACGGAGCCAAGAUCAUCAUGCGAGAAAUGGGUUGUCUGAGAAGGUGACACAAAGUAUAACCAGUGAAAAAGAAGCUGAAGAGCUGGUUAUAGAUUUUGUGAAGGGACAUGUCAGCGCAUAUACGCCUUCACUUGCAGGAAAUUCAGUUUAUGUUGAUUUUAUGUUCUUAAAGAAGUACAUGCCCGAUCUGGCUAGUCUUUUCUCUCACGUUCUCGUUGAUGUUAGAAGUGUCAAAGCUUUAUGUUGCCAUUGGUUCCCAGAAGAUGUUAAAAAGGCUCCAAAAAAGGAGAAGAAGCAUGGAGCCGUACUGGAUGAGAUCAAAGAAAGCAUAACCGAGCUCAAAUAUUACAAGGAACAUGCAUUCAGAUCACCAAAGUCUAAGAGGCGGGUCAACUUUACACCAAACUUUGAAAAUAGAUCAACUUUACACUCCGAUGUUUCCUGAUUCCAUCAAUGUUCACCCCUCUGCAAGUUUACCCAAGGGCAUUUUUGUAAUCUUACCCAUAUUUAUACAGUAAACUGCACUUUAAACCAUGUUUUCUUAAACUCGUCUCCUCCGGCAAUAUUCCCCUACUUGUUCUGUGAAACUCAGAUUUGAAAAACUGGAAACAUUCGUUGUUUUUUAUUGUGUUUUAUUCCUUUAUAUAAUUUGAAAACCUGUUAUGUAUGCCACCAUUAAUGAAAUUGUGAAAAGAUCCAUGCUUUUGAGCAUAACAAGAGAUUCCCAUAUUUAGGGGACUGGGGGUGGUGCGUGAUGGGGAAUCCACCACACGUGGAAGUCAGCAAAUUCCCACCGCCACCAACAUAUUCAACGCGUGAUGGAAGGUUUGGCGUGAUAAAAUCAACGAGUGAUGCGCUGUGAGUGAUAAACGGAUGUGAGGGGGUGUGAGGGUUUAUUGUUGGGUGUGGCGAGUGAUGACCUUUGCCACUAAAAAAGGUUGUGAGUUAUGGAAUAAUGGUUGAUGACAUGGUGGAACUUGAUUGGGUGUUGUAAGUGAUGAGUGAUGACCACCCCCACCCCCCUUAUUUGGAUUCAUCAUCAAAUCAUACUGGCUAUGACUAAUGUCAAGCGUCAACAUUUUGAAACAAUAUGAAUGAACCCAAGCCCACCAUCAAGUCAUUGAACAACAUGGCAAAUCAAGAUCCACCGGUGACGAUGCCAGCAAGAAAGAAUCCCUGCCCAAACAGACAGACAGACUGAUGGGUGAAAUUCAAGUUGUAGAAUUUUUGCUGGAUUUUCAACAAAAUAAUAUAAUGGAUUCUAAUUUAAAUGGUUUUCAUAGUAGGUUGUAAGAAGUUGGGUUGUUCUUAAGUGGAUUCUGGGUUUUUGAUUGUUGGAUCUAUUUAGAAAUGAAUUGAUAAUUUGCUAUGAAGAUUGAUGGAAUGAUGAAUAUCGUUCUCGUUUUUAGACGAGUUGGAAAACAGGGUGUAAACGUGUUAGCGGAGGUUAACCACAUGGUGUAAAAUUGGAGUUUACUCUAAUUAUUUUUAUAUUAUUAGGGGGCAAACACGACUUUUCACACACAGAAGGGUGAACAUUGAUGGAAUUAGGAAACGUCGGGGUCUAAAGUUGAUCGAUUUUUAAAAUGGGGUGUAAAGUUGAUCGUGUAAACCACAUGGUGUAAAAUUGUAAUUUACUUUUCUUGAUGUAAGUUACCCUUGUUUUCCUUUAGUGUGUUGGGCCAGAUGAUCCCAUCUCUUGCUGCUUGGGCCUUGGAAUGUAUUUCAUUUGGGCUUUUUUGUUGG